AUCUGCUGAUCUUUUUCUAGCUUUUGAGAUGGAAACUUAGAUCAUUGGUUUUCGACCUUUCUGAUUUUUAAGAAACAGAUUUAAUGUAUAAGUUGUUUUCUAGGCACUGCUUUAAUGGUCACGUAUGAGGUAAUGAAUCCAGAUGCAUAUCAAGUAGUGAAAGAUACAUGGAUAGUGGAGAUGCAGGAUGGGCCGCGUGAGUCUCUGAGUCACCGGAGGGAAGCCUUGCAGCAGAGCUGCCUCACCUGCACUGGCUUGUGAUAGAAGCAACAUAAGAAACAACUCUGAUGUGUUAAACUGCUGAGUUUUAUUUGUUUAUUUUGUAUAUGUUUGCUGUCACCUAGCCUGUCUUGGCUAACGCAAGAGGACUUGUCUUACCUCAGCUCCUGUAUUGUUUCACACUGCAGUUUGCCAUGAUCUCUUUGAUUCUCCUAAAUAUCAGCAUCAUGAGAUCUGUGUUAUAAGAGAUUUUUACUGAAGAUGUGUGUGGGGGGCAGGUUAUGGAGGGGUGUUACAGUACAACACGCAAUAGGAAACAACUUGAAAUCUGAUAUGCUUUCCCUUGAGUCUCAUAGGGAAUUUUUCAUUGUCUUUGCGAUUUGGUCCUGUCCUAUUGCCAAGUGUUUGGGUUCCCUUCUCUAUUAAGACUCUUCCCUCACAGGUCACAUUCUCUCUCCUUUCCAUCCCUCCUGUCCCAGAGCACCCAAAAUGCUCUGGCUUUGACAUAGAGCUUACCCUUACCUUGGAUAAAAUCACAUUCCUAGUCGUGGUGUCUUUUCUACUGACGGCAGCAGUCCCAGGGGUCUGGGGUGGAAAAGGGGUGGUGGGCAGCCUGUUGGAGAAUUAGGGCAUGCCCUCCAACCUGAGAGGUUUUAUUUUCCCCAGAACCUAAAAGAUACUAACGUUUUUUUCUACCACUUUUUUUACAGCCAAUUUUUAUUUUACUUUAUUUCAUUUGUAUUAUUUUUCACAUAGUUGAAAUCCUGCUCUGUAUCCUACUUUUAUAACAUAAUGUUCUAUCAUGAUCAUUUACUAUGUGAUCUUGGUAAAUGUGCUAUUGCAUUUAUUUAUUUUUUCUUGUUAAAAACACAAUUAUCGAUCCUAAAGGGUAUGAGAAGGGCAUACAACUCCCCUCCCUGAAACCUCGCCCUCUGGACGGAGACCAUCUGAUAAACUGGGCUGCUCGCUUUUAGCUGCUGACACCUGGACAGAAGGAGGAACACUCAGAAAGUCUGCGCAGUGACUGCUUGGACAGAGCUGUCCCUCAACUGCUGUGACAGAGCCAUGGCCCUACUGGGACAGCCUGGUGUCCUGAGAAUCACAACUGCCAGCUUCAGAUGCGUCUGGAGGCCAUCCUGUUGAUGGCGCUGGGGAGGCCCCGAGACUCUGGCACUCAGCAAGCACUUCUGAAGAUGAAGGACGGAGACAGAGGUUUAAACGGUGGACUACUGCAGGGAAGGUGUAUGAGGAAACCACGAAAGGGCCUUUGCAUGUGCUGUUCUCAACAUCUGCCAAUGUCGACUCUAGCACCUUCUCCCUGUUCAUACCUGGAAGGAGCCGAGAUGCCGCGCCAGUUCCCCAAGCUGAACAUCUCUGAGGUGGAUGAGCAAGUCCGGCUCCUGGCCGAGAAGGUGUUUGCUAAAGUGCUCCGAGAAGAGGACAGCAAAGAUGCCCUGUCCCUCUUCACCGUCCCCGAGGACUGCCCCAUCGGCCAGAAGGAGGCUAAGGAGAGAGAGCUGCAGAAGGAGCUGGCGGAGCAGGAGUCUGUGGAGAGCGUGAAAAGAAAGAAAAGUUUCAAGAUGAUUCGGUCCCAGUCCCUGUCUCUGCAAAUGCCAACGCAGCAAGAUUGGAAGGGCCCCCCGACAGCCACUCCGGUCAUGUCUCCCUCAACCCCUGUGCUCCCUGGAGCACCUUCCCAGGCCAUGCCAGCGCCCUAUGCCAUGCCCGAGUACCAGCGGGUAACCAUCAGCGGAGAUUACUGUGCCGGGAUCACUGUGGAGGACUAUGAGCAGGCAGCCAAGAGCCUGGCCAAGGCCCUGAUGAUCCGGGAGAAGUACACCCGACUCGCCUAUCACCGCUUCCCAAGGACCACAGCCAAGUACCUGGGUCAUUCACAGGCGGACACAGCACCCCCAACAGAGGCCCUCCCAGACUUCCACCCUCUCCCACUGCCCCAGGAAGACCCUUACUGUCUAGAUGAUGCUCCCCCCAACCUGGGCUACCUGGUCCGCAUGCAGGGGGGCAUCCUCUUCGUGUACGAUAACCCGGAGAUGCUGGAGCGCCAGGAGCCCCACAGCCUGCCCUACCCCGACCUGGAGACCUACACCGUGGACAUGAGCCACAUCCUGGCCCUCAUCACUGAUGGCCCCACGAAAACGUAUUGUCAUCGACGACUGAACUUUCUGGAAUCCAAGUUCGGCCUUCACGAGAUGUUAAAUGAAAUGUCCGAGUUCAAAGAGUUGAAGAGUAACCCCCACCGAGACUUCUAUAAUGUGAGAAAGGUGGACACGCACAUCCAUGCGGCUGCCUGCAUGAACCAGAAGCACUUGCUGCGCUUCAUCAAGCACACGUACCAGACGGAGCCUGACAGAAUUGUGACGGAGAAGCAGGGCCGGAAGAUCACCUUGCGGCAGGUGUUUGACAGCCUGCACAUGGACCCUUAUGACCUCACUGUGGAUUCGCUGGACGUCCACGCGGGCCGGCAGACAUUCCACCGCUUUGACAAGUUCAACUCGAAAUACAACCCUGUGGGGGCCAGUGAGCUGCGGGACCUGUAUUUGAAAACUGAGAACUACCUGGGAGGAGAGUACUUUGCUCGGAUGGUCAAGGAGGUGGCCCGGGAGCUGGAGGAGAGCAAGUACCAGUACUCAGAGCCGCGGCUCUCCAUCUACGGCCGCAGUCCUGACGAGUGGCCCAGCCUGGCCCGCUGGUUCAUCCAGCACAAGGUCUACUCACCCAACAUGCGCUGGAUCAUCCAGGUGCCCCGGAUCUAUGACAUAUUUAGGUCAAAGAAGCUGCUGCCAAACUUUGGGAAGAUGCUGGAAAACAUCUUCCUGCCCCUUUUCGAGGCUACAAUCAACCCCCAGGAUCACCGAGAGCUUCACCUCUUCCUCAAAUAUGUGACGGGGUUUGACAGCGUGGAUGAUGAGUCCAAGCACAGUGACCACAUGUUCUCAGACAAGAGCCCCAACCCGGACGUCUGGACCAGUGAGCAGAACCCGCCCUACAGCUACUACCUGUACUACAUGUACGCCAACAUUAUGGUGCUCAACAACCUCCGCAGGGAACGGGGUCUGAGCACGUUCCUGUUCCGGCCUCACUGUGGGGAAGCCGGCUCCAUCACCCACCUGGUGUCUGCUUUCCUGACUGCCGACAACAUCUCCCACGGGCUGCUCCUCAAGAAGAGUCCGGUGUUGCAGUAUCUCUACUACCUGGCCCAGAUCCCCAUUGCCAUGUCUCCGCUCAGCAACAACAGUCUGUUCCUCGAGUAUUCCAAAAACCCUCUGAGGGAAUUCCUGCACAAGGGACUGCAUGUCUCUCUCUCCACCGAUGACCCCAUGCAGUUCCACUACACGAAGGAAGCGCUUAUGGAAGAAUAUGCAAUUGCAGCCCAGGUGUGGAAGCUGAGCACGUGUGACCUGUGUGAAAUCGCCAGGAACAGCGUGCUGCAGAGCGGCCUCUCGCAUCAGGAAAAGCAGAAGUUUCUGGGACAGCAUUAUUAUAAAGAAGGACCCGAAGGAAAUGAUAUUCGAAAGACAAACGUUGCUCAGAUCCGGAUGGCAUUCCGAUACGAAACCUUAUGCAACGAGCUCAGCUUCCUGUCCGAUGCCAUGAAGUCACAAGAGAUCACAGCCCUGGCUAAGUAGGUCCAGCACUGGACAUGCAUUUUAACUUUCUGGUUUGAUUUCAAGUCUGCCGUGAUUAACAGUGGUCCAGAUAGCACGCUCGGCGUUGUCCUCCAGGGAGAGGAUGCCCCUGAGGAACUCUCAGACCCAGCGACCUUGGCUGCACCGUUCACUUGCAGACCGAACCCCACUUCUGUUAGUGUUUCUGAGUAACAGAUGGUGACUACUCCUAGAGGGCCUGGGGAGUGCACACGUGUAGAUACUCAUUCCGAAUUUUCCAAAUAUUUCUCUUGAAACCACUAGUGCUUGCAUUGUUGGGGCCAGGGUCUUCCACGGUCCAAGUGCCUACCGAUGCAGGGUCCCCGGUGGUUUUCUGCCGAAGUCCAAGUCUGCUGCAAGCCCUGCGGGUAGCUGCUAGUUGUUCAUUUCAGCCCCCCGGCUGGCUGGCUGGCUGGCUGCCUUAAACACAAUCAAUUUCAAAGGUCCCUUUCAUAAAGGAACUACUUUGAGAGGGUUAAAAUAGCUUCCUUCUUUGUGUUUUUAAUGAAAUUUUUAAACUGUUUUAUUUAGCCCGCCACCCUCCUUUCUAGUUAGGAAGCCAAAUGUGCACAUUGAAACACCCACUCCUAUUCUGUCUUUGUUUCCUUAUCCAAAAAGUGAGGGUUUGGAUCAGAUGAGAGGUUUUCAAAUGGUGUUUGGUGAACCCCUCCCCCGCCACCCAACUUCAGGGUGGGGGAGGCAAGGGGAGGGAGGCUGUGGGUGCUGCCUUUGCCUCUUCAAGGUGACUGUGCUUUCAUCAAGUUUUUCACUGGGACUUCCACAUAUUUUCAUUUGACCUGAGGACUUUGAAAAGCACCACACUAGCCAAUCUCUGUUCCUUCUGGCCCCAACAUUCUACGAUUGUAGCCCAGUUAUCACUUCACUUGUGAAGAAUUAGGGCCAGAGAAGAGAGGUUUACUUAAGCUCACCCAGCUAGUGAUAGGACUAGAGCUAGGUUUCCCUACUCCUACCCCAGUCUUUCUCCACUAUUCCACAAAACCUCAGAAAUGUAAUUUUUAUCCCUGUAGCCUGGUGCCUUUCUUUUUAGAGGCAAAAUUUCUCCCUUACGUAGUACACAGACUUUUUCAGAAGAUAUUAAGUGGCCAUAGGGGCCAGGUAGAAAGCAUAUUUUAAGACUGAUCAGAAAGUAAGCUUUACCAAUGUACUCAUCAUCUGUGUUACUAGUGCCUGGUACAUAGUAGGUGCUCAAUAAAUGCCUCAAUAAAUGUAUGUUGAAUAAAGAAAGGGACUUCCCUUUUGGCAAUAUUUUAAGGGUAUGUGCUCCUAGUACACAACGCACUGCUCAAGGACCUUCUUGGCCAUUACUGUGGGCAGAUGCAGACUGGGGGGACAUCCUUCUGAAUCGUGGGGUUGGAAGAACCCUAAUUUUGCCUGUGGAAAUGCUUAUUUAAUGUCAGAAUUUCUUGUCCUGUGACUUUAUUUUAUAAUGCUUGCUCCCCCUCCACUGGUCAACUUAGCAUAUGAACAAUAAAUGUAGUGUGUAUUUUUUUAAACUAAACAAACAUGUAUGCUAUCUUACAGCUAAUCAUGACAUGGAAUGAAAACCCAGCAUUCAUCUUAGUCAUUCAUUAUUUUUGAAAAGCCCCCAUUUGUAUACAUUUGUCCUAAUAUCACAAGCAUUGUACAGUUUUUCAUUGUUGUUUUAGCUGUAUCAAGUAUUUGUUUUUAAUUAUUAAAUAAAUAAAGUCUGUUAGGAGGCUUUAUGGCUCAAUAAUUUAAAACUACUUCAAUACUAUUUAAAGAAAAUGUUUGUUUUCUACUGUAAGAAAGGUUUGAGCAUCAUUAAAAGCUGUCAAUAACUACCAAUUGAUGUUUAAUUAAGACUCAGACAUUCACUAGAAAAACUCAAAAAUUUUAAACUCAAGCUCAUUUUACCCAGAAGGUAAACCUUUGCUAGCUUUUUCCUCCAACUUCUGCCACACAUGUUCAUUCCCUGUUCCCUGGAUAAUACUUUAAUCUGUUCAGCCAACACUUACUGCAUUUUGCCUGUCCUUUGCAAACUUUUCAGACACCUUCCUUUUUCUGUAGCACUUUGCAUUUUUAUUGACUCAUUGUACCCAGCUGGCCAUUUUGGGGGGUGAUUCCUACUUCCUUUCAUGGAAUCAAAGGUAACUGUUUCUAAAAAAAGCAGUUUUUGAGGUGUUAUCCCUCCUUCUAGAAGGCUCAACUUCACAUUGUGUGUUCCGUACUUCAAACUGCAUUGCUGACAUGAUUUGUGUUGUUGCCUUUUGUCUUGUGAAAACAAAUCAUAGCUCCUACGUUGGUAUUUACCAAGGCCUGUCCUGGGUCUUUACUUCCUCAUGUCCUGCAUUAAAGCAGAAUUGCAAACCAUCCCUCUGGGUUUUUCUUUACUUGUUCCUGAGUGCUGUGUCGGUGAAACAAUAUUCAUCUUUUCCUGGAUUUGUAGAUACAGCUGAAGGUGACAUUAGUAUGUAUAGAAUACUAAUAUACCUGAGUAUUCUAUAUCCAAACAAUGACUAUAUUAUAAAGAACAAGUGUAACUAACUU